AUGUACCCAAACAGAGCGGUCCGCAUAUUCCCAUGUUUGAUGUGUUGGACACCAGAUGUCAAGUGCCCAAACUACGUGUUCCUUAAGCGAAGUAUCUGUGUCGAUUGCGAGAGGAUGCGUAGGCAGUUCGGUGAAAACGAGCAGAUUGCCUCACAAGUCCACGAGACCCUUGUGCGAUACCUUCUCGAUAAGUAUUCCGAAAAGGAGGGUAUCACCUACGAAAGAAUCAACGCGUACAUCAGAAGUGCGAGAGAAGUCAACGUGGACAACAUUCUAACUAUGGCGCUGGACUACAUCUUUCGUAACUUUGGCGAACUGUAUCAUACAGUCUGUGAUGCUGUCGAAAUGGCAAGGGAUAGGGGUCCUGCGCGAUGGACGCCAGACAACUUGGCCGAAAGACUCGAGAGGGUGAAGAAGGAGCAAGAAUGGGAACAAAGGGGAGGUUAUAUGGAUGAGCGAUAA